AACAGCAGACAGAGAACAGAGCGCGCGAGUCAGAGACGCAUUGCUGAAAAGCGUUUAUCCUGCGCUAAUAAAUGAAUACAGUGCAAAGACCGCCACUCAUGGUCACGCGAAGGUGCUUUUCUUUUCAGACAACUGAAGAGCGACAACGAUUGAGACUCUGCUGGGGUACAGACCUUACCUCCGGCUCGGCUUGCUUGGGUAUCGUGUGCAGAAGAGCUGUACACUUCCACCAGCAGUCAAGAUGCACAUGAAUAGUUUACUGAGCCAAUGGACGGAGAUCUCCAGGAUGUGCACGGUUGAUGUGGAUGUGGACGUGGGGGUGUCAUCGGAGUCCAGCAGCCCUACACUCUUUGGCGAGUCCUCAGACACCUAUUGCCAGGUAGACCGCUGGCAGGCACUGCGUACUGCUGUGCGCAGACUGGAAUUCUGGGAAGACUUCAGUGCUGAGCUCAUUGGGAGUGGCUUCUUCUCCAAAGUCUACAAGGUGAUGCACAGCACAACGCGGAAGGUGAUGGUGGUGAAGAUCUACAAGAACGACGUGGACCAGGCCAGCAUUGUGCGCGAGAUCAACCUGCUGCAGAAGCUGUCGCACCCCAACAUCGUGAGGUAUCUUGGAAUCUGUGUGAAGGAAGAUAAGCUGUACCCAAUUCUGGAGUAUGUGAACGGGGGUUGUCUAGAGGAACUGCUGUCCAGGAAGGAUGUCUCCCUCUGUUGGCGGGAGAAGGUAGACCUGGCAUCAGACAUCACCCGUGGAAUGGUCUACCUGCACUACAAGAACAUCUACCACAGAGACCUCAACUCCAAGAACUGCCUGAUCAGGGUGACAGCUCGGGGGCGUGAGGCCUUGGUGACAGAUUUCGGUCUAGCGAGGGAGGUCACAGAUGUCCCCGUCAACAACCCUGACAGGAAGCUUUCCCUUGUGGGCUCUGCCUUCUGGAUGGCUCCCGAAAUGCUGCGAGGAGAGCCAUACGAUCGCAAGGUGGACGUGUUCUCCUUUGGGAUCGUGUUGUGUGAAAUAUUGGGCCGAAUCCCAGCUGACCCCGAAAUCCUUCCCAGAACACGGGAUUAUGGUCUGGAUGUAGCAGCAUUCCGUGAGAUGGUGAGGGGGUGUCCACAAAGCGUGUUGGAGCUGGCGGCCAGCUGUUGCCAGAUGGAGCCAUUCCGGAGGCCAUCUUUCUCGGAGCUGUUGGAUGAGCUGGAGGACAUUGCCGAGACCCUCGACCCUCCUGACCCAGAGCUGAGGACCGGGUGAGGGGGUCAUGUGUGCCUCCCACCACAUGAACGGACACUGUGAACGUGACCUGUAUAUAGCUGACCGACACAGCACUAUCGUCAUGAUGAUAUUUUAAACACAAGAUAGAGGGACAUAUUUGGAGACAUGCUAGGGGAUUCCAUGUGAGCUUCAGUUUUUUGACCAAAUGGUAUAUAUGUGUGUAUAUGUACUU